UUGGCUGUGUAAAGGCUAGAGCCGCACUCUCAAACAAAAGGCCGAGCGAUGCUGGGGACAUCACUCGUACCGUAUUCCCAUGAAACUUCAUGAACUCUCUUACAAAUUGCCGCGCCUGGGCAGCGAUGAUUCGAGACGUUCAUGAAGCCGGCUCAUCCUCCCGUAGGAGAUAGCCGAAGUAAAGCUGAAAAGGACAGAAAGCAAGAGGAGUAUGAAGCAACUAAUGCUCUGAAAAACCGUAUUCAUCGUCUGGAUGAGGAUGAAGUCGAAUAUCUACAAACGUUAUCUGCUAAACAGCACAAAGCCGAUUUGGAAAAGGAGAAAGAAAUCGCCGAAUUAGUAAAAGAAGCAAAAGCAAAUCGACCAGUCCAUGUUUCGUCUACAAAUACUAUAUCUGGUUUGAGCACAAAGUCUUUUUAUAAUAAAGGAGGUUCAAGUCAACGAGCUCUCAUGGCUAGUGCUGUUAAACGGACUUCUAGCUUGGAUAUAGUUGGCCCACAGUCAAAGCGAGCAAAUACAAGGACAUCUGCUUCAAAUGAAAAGUAUCCAAUCGAUCCUUUGGCAAAAGUGUAUGCGGAUGAAUCAACUUAUCGUAGUAUGUCUAAGCAAUUGAGUGGAUCUCUUGACGUACUACCAGGAUUGAGCGACUAUUCAGAUUCAGACUCAGAUUCUGAGAAGUCAACAGAUUCCACUAGUGACGACUCAACAGAUUUAGAAGAUUCUGUUUGUACAUUACAACAAAUAGCGUGUACAAGAAUUCUUUAUACUAAAGCUGAAGGUUCUACAGACAAUGGAAGUGUAUGA